AUGUCCCGCGAGGUCCGCGCGACGGCGACGGCGGUGCCGGUGUGCGGCGCCGCGGGCCGCGCGCGCGCUUUAAGCGCUGCGCUCGCGCAUGCUCCAGACUUGACUUCUGCUAGAAGGCAAAACCCUCACAUGAUGAGCAGUAAAUCAAUCGGACCGCAUGUGUGGAGCGUGCGUGAGAGGCAUACAGAGCGCGGGUAUAUCCCUUGUAAACUCUCGUCAACA